GGCGGAGCGGCCGGGCUCGGUGUAAACAAGUCGCGGCGGCCGAGCCGGGCGGGGGGAGGGGGCGGGGGCAGCCCCGAAACUCGAACCCCGAACCCCGACACCCGAGCUCCCCGAAACUCACGGUCCGGAGCAGCCCCGGGGCGGCCCGAGCCAAAGGAGCCGGCGCUGGAGUUGUCUCUGUUGGGAAGGCUCUGGGCUCCCUCUGUUCCCCGCGGUCCCCCGGCCGGGUGGGGCCGUCGCCCCCGGCCCCCACCAUGGUGCGGAUCUCCAAGCCCAAGACCUUCCAGGCCUAUCUGGACGACUGUCACCGGAGGUAUAGCUGCGCCCACUGCCGAGCACAUCUGGCUAACCACGAUGACCUCAUCUCCAAGUCCUUCCAGGGCAGCCAGGGCCGGGCCUACCUCUUCAACUCCGUGGUGAACGUGGGAUGCGGGCCGGCGGAAGAAAGGGUGCUGCUCACCGGGCUCCAUGCCGUAGCCGACAUCCACUGUGAGAACUGCAAGACCACACUGGGCUGGAAAUACGAACAGGCCUUCGAGAGCAGCCAGAAGUAUAAGGAGGGGAAGUACAUCAUCGAGCUCAACCACAUGAUCAAGGACAAUGGCUGGGAUUGAACUCCGCUUCCCAUUCUCUGAUUCCCAACCUAACUUCCCUCCUCCCACCCCAGCUGGGCUGCAGUGGGAAACGUGAUGGGGGGGCUGGGAAGGGAGGGUGGGGGAGUGGGAGGGUUUGCCAGCCCCUUUCUCUUUGCCCCCCCCCCCGGGGCGCUGAGUAGAGGGAAAUCUUCCGGUGGGCCUGCUACUACGGGGGAAACCUCCUGGCCGUUGUACAUAUAUUUUAUUGCAUGCACUGUGACCUAGCAGGGAGGGGAGAUGAGUCCCUCCCCCACUUGAUCUGGCUGGUUUGGAUCUCAUUUUUAACCUCUUCCCGGACUUCACCUGUAGAUGAGUUUCCGUGUACAUAAUUCCCGAUCCUUGCCGUGUUCCCCGUGCCCCACCACGCCCCACCCCUCCAUCGUCGCUUUCUCUCCAUCCCUUGAUAUGUAGCGUCUGUAAAUAAUAAUAAUAAAAAACUGUGAAACCUC